AAAAAGGAAAAGACAUACGGGACUGGCAUGAGAGAAUUAAUUGGGAGAUGAUAAGGUUUCAGAUCUGAGGUCGAAACCGAACGGCUCAUCUUGUGUGUUGCGGCAGUCAGAUGAGAUUGGAGGAUCUUGAAACUGAUCUCGAAAAAAGGGAAAGCCCAAAGCCCCGUUCUAAUUCUCAGGGGAAAGAUGGUUGAGACAUUUUGGUUAAAUGAAGAAGACAGAGCCAUGAUGGAGUCAGUAUUGGGUACAGAAGCAUGUGAGUUCUUGGUUGCAUCAGCUUCUGAAAAUGUGAUAUCAAAUUUAGUUACGCCGUCUGGUGAUUUGGGUGUGCAGCAGGGCUUGUCCCAGCUUGUUAGAGGGUCAGAUUGGAACUAUGCAGUUUUCUGGAAGGUUGUGAACUUGAAGUCUGGUAGUUCUGCCCUGAUAUGGGGUGAUGGACACUUCUGUGACCCAAAAGGUGGGGGAGCUAGAGACAGGAACAGAGGUGAGGAUAACAAUUUGGAUGGAGUUGGGAGGAAAGAGGACGAGGUGAAGAAGCUGGUGCUUCAGAAGCUUCAUGCUUCUUUUGGUAGGUCAGAUGAGGAUAACUUUGCAGCAAGGCUGAAUGGAGUAUCUGAUUUGGAGAUGUUCUACAUCACCUCAAUGUAUUUUACAUUUCGAUGUGAUUCCUCACGUGGACUUGGGGAGUCAUAUAUUUCUGGUAAAUCAAUUUGGGCUUCAGAUUUGCCUAGUUGCUUACGUCAUUAUCAGCAGAGGUCAUAUCUAGCAAGGUCAGCUGGGUUCCAAACUGUGGUGUUUGUACCCGUGAAAUCUGGAGUUGUAGAGUUUGGUUCGAUAAAAUCGAUUCCAGAGGAACAGAAUACUGUGGACAUGGUUAAAAAGAUUUUUGGGGAGUCUAAUUCUGCACAGUCAAAGGUGCUUCCAAAGAUUUUUGGACACGAACUUAGUCUGGGUGGUACAAAAUCCUGCUCAGUCAAUAUUAAUUUUUCCCCAAAGGUGGAAGAUGAUUCAGGUUUUACUCCUGACUCUUUUGAUGUGCAAACAAGAGGUGCCAAUACUAUUUAUGGAAAUUCUUCUAAUGGAUGUCGAAGUGAUGAUAAUGAAGCAAAAUUGUUUCCACGGUUGAACCAAAUGGUAGUUGGGGGUUUUAAUCCACAAACGAUAGUUUCUAGCAUGGAGAUGGCCAAGGAUGACUCAUCAUCUCAGCCUGAUGAGCGGAAACCCAGAAAGAGAGGGAGAAAGCCUGCUAAUGGUAGAGAAGAACCAUUGAACCAUGUGGAAGCAGAGCGGCAGAGGCGCGAGAAGCUUAAUCAGAGAUUCUAUGCAUUGAGAGCUGUUGUCCCAAAUAUAUCUAAGAUGGACAAGGCCUCUCUGCUUGGUGAUGCCAUUACCUAUAUCAACGAUCUCCAAAUGAAGAUCAGGGUUUUGGAAACCGAAAAGGAGGUGGAAAAAACUAAGAAUAAGCAGCUCUCAGCAACAGAGAUUGAUUGUCAGGCAAGACAAGAGGAUUCAGUUGUGAGGAUAGGCUGCCCACUGGAUGCUCAUCCGGUUUCUGGAGUCAUCAAAGCGUUCAGGGAACAUCAAAUUGUUGCUCAAGAUUCAAAUGUUUCAACGGAGAAUGGCAAGGUUAUUCAUACAUUUUCAAUUCGAACUCAAGGUGGUACUGCAGAGCAGUUGAAGGAGGAGCUGGUUGCUGCCCUUCUGAAGUGAUGUGAACUCUUUAAUUUAAGUUUCUGUCGGAUGACUCGAUGCUUUUCAUAGAGAAAGUGAUUCAUGUUCUUAUCUAUGUUUUAAAUUGCAUGAAACAAUUUCACUAUGAAAUAUUUUCUAUGCGAACUGAUCAUACCUGAUCAGCUAAAGAGAACCGCUAUCAGAAUAUUGGGUCUAUAUAUAAUCGAAAGCAUUUUCUUGUA